AUGAUGCCCUCUUCACCGGGCCAUGUCGCCUCGGUACCAUACACAAACGGUCAUUUGUCGCCUCUCGCAGCCCAUACGGCGACCGCCGAUAGCUCUUCCCACCACAGCGACAGCGAGCAGUCCGACUCACAAGAGGCCGCCGCAGUUGACCAAGCCUCCGAUGUCGACGCGCCAGGAGAGGAAUACGACGAAGACGACGAAGUGGCUGCUGCUUCAGACUCGUCCGACGAUGUCGAUGCCGAGGGCGAGCCAGACGGCGAUUACGACUCUGAGUCACCGCCGUCUGCGCAGGAAGAGAGCGACCGCGCCCGGAGUUCAUCACAAGAGUCAACUCGACCGCGCAAGCGCAAGGCAAGCGACGAGAAGGAAGACUAUAUAGAACAGAACCCGGAGCUCUAUGGCCUGCGUCGCAGCGGUCGUGCUCGCCCUAGUCGUCGCAUCAUGGAUAGUGAUGACGAAGAUGAUGAAGACUACAGCUCUGAUCAGCCCCGCAAGCGACAGAGGACAGCCUCGCGCAAGACCUCAAACGUACCCACGCCAGUCUACCGCUCAGCCAACUCCGACUCCGAGUCGGAUGGUUACGUGGGUGCUCGUCGCAAUAUCCCAACCAAGAAGCAACGCCAACGUCAGCAAGCCGUUGCUGCAGGCCGCGAGCCUCCAUCUCAAGCCGAGGUCCGCUUCUCUGUACGCCGCAGUGCACAGGUUGCGAACUACAACGAGGAGGAAGACGAGGACGAGUUCGUGGAGGAUGAUGACGAUAUGACACCCAACUACUGGGCGACCGCGCCAGAGGAUACUGGCCCCGUCAUUGACAAGAUCCUUGACCAUCGACCAAAGGAUGGAUUAGAAAUGGAUCCUUCCUUUGACAAGCGCGACUUCGAAUACUUGGUCAAAUGGCAAGACAAGGCACACUACCACUCCACAUGGGAAGACUACAAGACGGCUGCAUCAUACAAGGGCUACCGCAAAUUGGACAAUUACUACAAGGGCCCUGUUCAGAACGACAUGUAUGUCUACAGCCGCAAGAAUGCCGACCCAGAAGAAUACGAGCAACACAUGGUCGCACGCGAAGCUGAGCGCGAGAGCCAGCUCGACUUCCACGUCGUAGAGCGUGUCAUUGACUCACGAGACGGCGAGGAUGAGCUCGAAUACUUUGUCAAGUGGAAGGGAUUGACAUACGAGUUCUGUACAUGGGAACCUGCGUCGCUGGUCAGCCGCUUGUCGCAGUCCGAGAUCGAUCGAUUUCUUGACCGCUCGUCGAACCGACCCUCCUCCGACGCCCGCGAGGCGAAUCCGAAUACUCGCAGGAAGUUUGUCAAGUUGGACACGCAACCUGACUACAUCAAGUAUGGUCAACUCAGGUCCUUCCAACUUCAAGGUGUCAACUUCCUUGCGCACAACUGGUGUCGAGGCACAAACGUCAUCCUUGCCGAUGAGAUGGGUCUGGGAAAGACUGUGCAGACUGUGUCUUUCAUCAACUGGCUGCGGCAUGAUAGGAGGCAGGACGGCCCCAUGAUCUGCGUUGUGCCACUAUCGACUAUGCCUGCCUGGGCGGACACCUUCAACAACUGGACACCAGAUGUCAAUUAUGUCAUCUACACCGGUAGAGAAGAGGCCCGCAGCAUCAUUCGGGACAAAGAGCUGUUGGUUGACGGCAAUACUAAGAAGAUCAAGUUCAACGUACUGUUGACGACGUACGAGUACGUUCUUGCGGACUGGCAAUUCUUGCAGAGCAUCAGCUGGCAGUUCCUUGCCGUCGACGAGGCUCACCGAUUGAAGAACCGCGAGUCACAGCUGUACGAUAGGCUGCGACAGUUCAAGGCACCAUGUCGACUUCUCAUCACUGGUACUCCCAUCCAGAAUACGCUCGGUGAGCUGGCUGCCCUCAUGGACUUUCUUAUGCCAGGGAAGAUCUCCGUUGACGAGAACGUUGAUCUUGCUUCGGAAGAUGCCAGUCAAAAGCUUGCCGAACUCAGCUCAGCCAUUCAGCCUUAUAUGAUUCGCCGCACCAAGGAGAAGGUGGAGAACGACCUACCUCCUAAGUCUGAGAAGAUUCUUCGAGUUGAACUGUCUGACAUUCAGCUGGAAUACUACAAGAACAUCCUCACCCGCAACUACGAGGCUCUCAAUGAGGGUGGUGUGGGCCACAAGCAGUCUUUAUUGAACAUUGUCAUGGAGCUCAAGAAGGCUAGUAACCAUGCGCUGCUUUUCCCCAACGCCGAAAACAAGCUCGUCAAGCCUGGUGCGUCAAAAGAGGAGACCCUGAAGGCUCUCAUUACCUCCAGUGGUAAAAUGAUGCUGUUGGAUCGACUCCUCGGAAAGCUCAAGGCCGACGGUCACCGCGUGCUCAUUUUCAGUCAGAUGGUGCACAUGUUAGACAUCUUGACCGACUACCUCAAGCUGCGCAACUACCCCUUCCAACGUCUAGAUGGCACAGUCCCAGCGGCAGAGAGGAAGAUCGCUAUCGAUCACUUCAACUCUCCCGGCAGCGAGGACUACUGCUUCCUGCUAUCGACUAGGGCGGGUGGUCUCGGUAUCAAUUUGAUGACUGCUGAUACCGUUGUCAUCUUCGAUUCCGACUGGAACCCUCAGGCAGAUCUGCAAGCCAUGGCUCGAGCUCAUCGUAUCGGUCAACAGAAGCCUGUCAGUGUCUAUCGUCUUGUCUCGAAAGAUACCAUCGAAGAGGAGAUUCUGGAGCGCGCUCGCAACAAGCGCAUGCUUGAGUUCAUCACAAUUCAGCGUGGUGUGACCGAUCGUCAGCAAAAGGAGCUCAACGACAAGAUGAGUCGUGCUGCAGCGGAGCCCACUUCCGCCGACGACAUCAACAACAUUCUCAAGCGCCGUGGACAGAAGAUGUUCGAGCAAUCUGGCAAUCAGAAGAAGCUAGAGGAGCUCGACAUUGACUCAGUCUUGGAGAAUGCUGAAGAACACAAGACCGAGCAGGCUGCUGGUCUUACAUCUGAUGGCGGUGAAGAGUUCCUCAGGAACUUUGAGUACACUGAUGUCAAGAUCGAUCUCGAAUGGGACGAUAUCAUUCCAAAAGAAGAGUUGGAGGCAGUCAAGGCUGACAUCCAGCAGCGGAAAGAUGAAGAAGAGACUCAGAAGCUGCUUGAGGAGAAUGCUCCACGGAAGCGCAAAGCAGCCUCAGCAAGCGCACGAGAACAGCGAGCUGCAAAGAAGCGAGCACUGGAGGCUUCUCAAGUCGAUGCCGAUGAUGAUGAGCAAUCCGAGCAAGACGAUAGCGUCAAGCGUGACCCUAAGCGUCCUCUUAACACAAAGGAGGCUCGUAACCUUAUCGGCGCAUAUUGCCGGUAUGGUUCGCUCGACGAGCGUGGCGAGGAGAUGCUUCGCGCGGCAAGGCUUGUCGGUCGUGACAUGGGUGUCGUCAAAGCUACGCUCGAUGAGAUCAUUGCCAUGAGCACGCAGCUCGUUAAGGACGAGCAGACUAGGCUCAAGAACUUGGAGGCUGAGACCAAGCGCCCGAUUACGAAGAAGGACAAGAAAGCUGUUCUUUUUGACUUCGGUAACGUCAAGAAGGUCAACGCAGAGACCAUCCUGGAGCGCCCUAUCGAGAUGCGCGUCCUGAAGGAAGCGGUUGAGGCAACAUCGGAGUGGCGCAACUUCCGUGUACCGGACGCUAUCAAGCCUGCAAGCUACUCUUGUCCCUGGGGUGCACGUGAGGACGGUAUGCUUUGUAUCGGCAUCCAACGCCACGGCUACGGCGCGUGGAUCCCCAUUCGUGACGAUCCAGAUCUUGGGUUGACGGACAAGUUCUACCUCGAAGAGCACCGUGUCGACAAGAAGGAAGAGCGGACCAAGGCCGACGAGAAGAAUGCCAAGUCGCCUGGUGCUGUGCAUCUGGUUCGUCGCGCGAACUAUUUGCUUACUGUUCUCAAAGACAAGAGCACGUCGGACCCCAAUGUCAAGCGCUUGAUGGAAAACCAUCACCGCAACAACAAGAAGCAUCAGUUGAAUAUCGCGCGUCGGGCAGAUAAGGGUGUCUCUGCUAGUCCUGCUCCAGCUGGCCUAGCACGCAAGGUGCAAGGACGGGAUUCAGAGCGUCCUACGCAUCGCGCCCAUAGCGGUAGCGAGAUCCGUCGUCCUGACAGUCGGACUGAAGGUCGCCAUCACGAUCGGAGCCGGGAUGAUCGCCCUAGGCAUAGCGACCAAUACAGACCAUCUGAUGCCCACCGCAAGGAACAUCGCAACGACCGUGGCAGCAUUGAUCGUCGUGCGCAGACGUCUGAUCGCAAUGGUACGCCAGAAAACCGUAAGAAGUCGAACGGCGAUGUGGAUAGACAGCGACCACGCCUUUCUGAAGACCGUCCACGCUCUCAUAGUCAGAGCCAAGUACCCGACCGCAGUGUGGAGACGCCAAAGCCCAAGGAGAAGAAGCCGGAUGAUUUCCUUGAGCGGAAGCUUCGACCUGUGCGCGACAAUCUGGGCCGCCUUAAAAAGGCGACACCAAAGAACUACCCACAGAAGGAGACCAUGGUCAAGGUCCUUAAGAUUGAGUUGAUCGCUAUCGGCAACUUCAUCCGCGCAGAGACUCGGGAUAAUGUGGAGCUCGAGGAUCGUCUAUGGAACUACACUAUCAACCACCAUUGGCCUCGGCCUGGUGUCACUGUCGCGGCUGUCAAGGGCAUCCGCAAUGCGGGUUCUGGAUCCAUAGACGCGGAUAGUCGACGAAAGCUUGCGGGCAGGUUCCUCCAUAUUACUGACUUUCAUCCAGACCCAUUCUACAAGACAUAUUCCAGCACAGAAUCCGACGCAGCGUGCCAUCGCAGACAUGGACCCGCUGGUCUUUACGGCGCAGAAACUACCGGCUGCGACUCCCCCUUCGCGCUCGUCAACCAGACGUUCAAAUGGAUAGAAGACAACCUCAAAGACGACAUAGACUUCAUAAUAUGGACCGGCGACUCGGCGCGACACGACAAUGACGAGGACAUACCACGGACGCAAACGCAGGUCAUCGAGCAGAACGAGUACAUGGUCUCCAAAUUCGCCGAAGUCUUUGGACUGAGCGGCCAGGGCCAUGGCCCCAACAGCUUCGCGAUACCCAUAGUACCGACCUGGGGAAACAACGAUAUCAUGCCACACAACAUUUUCACACCCGGCCCAAACAGAUGGACCAUCAAGUAUCUCGACAUAUGGCGGGGCUUCAUACCUGAGGCGCAAAGGCAUCAGUUCCAGCAAGGAGGAUGGUUUUCAGUCGAGGUGAUUCCAGGAAAGCUGGCUGUUAUCAGCUUGAACACCAUAUACUUCUUCACCUCCAAUUCGGCUGUUGACGGCUGCGCAAAGAAACACGAACCCGGGUACGAACACAUGGAAUGGCUGCGCAUUCAGCUUCAAAUCCUGCGAGAUCGCGGCAUGAAGGCUAUACUCAUCGGCCAUGUACCACCCGCUCGAGUCGACAGCAAAGAAAGUUGGGACGAGACAUGCUGGCAAAAGUACGCACUCUUCGGGCGACAGUUCCGGGACGUCAUCGUAGGAAGCCUCUAUGGGCACAUGAAUAUCGAUCACUUCAUGCUGCAGGAUUUUGAACACAUCGAAAAGGAUACAGAAAAUGGAAAAAUGGGAGCAAUAAAAAACAGGCCUUCGCUGGCCAAAGACAUUAAUCUUCUUGAGAACGGAGAAGUAACAGUGGCAUCUGCGUCCGACUACCUACUUAAUCUACGGGAAGCUUGGGCUCAACUACCUGCGCCCCCAGCGAAGUCGAACAAGAAGUCGCGCUCGAAGAAUGUCGAUGAAGGGGAGGACGGAGAUUCGCUAUGGGCAUGGCUCGUGUCCAUGUUUGAGAAAUCCUCGAAAGAUCGGAAAGAAGAGAGAAAGAAGUACCUGGAGAAGAUUGGUGGGAGAUACGCUGAACGCUAUGCGGUAACACACGUCGCACCCAGCGUAGUACCGAACUACUUCCCCACCCUCCGCAUCAUCGAAUACAAUAUCACUGGCCUGGAACACCUCAACGUAGCCUCUAGCCCUAUCAGCCCACCAACGAUCGAUACACCCGUUGAGCAAUUGCCGAUCACCGCCACCAAUUUCGACGACGACGAAGAAUACUUACGAGACGUGGAGACUGCGCGAAAGAGGAAGCACAAAGGCAGGAAAGACAAGAAGAAGCAACGAAAGUACAAAUUCAAGGUUCCAGACGGUCCCUCGAAAUCCGCCCCGCCUGGCCCGGCAUACUCGCCGCAGACUCUAACAUGGACGCGACAUGUUCAAUAUUUUGCAAACCUCACGCACAUCAACAACGACUUUCUCGAGCCUCCGCCGGAGAUUGUCAAAACUGCCCCCGCCGAGACUUCGAUAAACGAAGAUUCUGCAAGUACGAUUUUUGGUUUUGCAGUCAGCCCGGAUGGCAAGCUGGAGAACAAGAAGUGGAACGAAGGCAAGCACAAGAAACACCAGGGCAAGCAACCUCGGCCAGAGCCACAUCCCAACGAAUUUGUAUUUGAGAUUGAAUACGACACGAAAAAGGACAGAGGGUUUGCCGAUCUCACAGUAAGGCGGUGGGUGGAGUAUGCCAGGAAGAUUGGAUCAUCUGCAUCGAAAAGUGCUCAAGUUGAAGAAGAGGAAGUAGGAGACAUGGCCGGAGAUGAAGAUUUUGAGACGGAUGAAGACGAAGACGAUGAGCUCAAUGCGACGAAAGGAAAGAAGCACAAGCAUAAGAAGGGGAAGAAAGGAAAGCAUCAUAAGAAACACAAGGCGUCAAGGGAAUGGUUCACUUUCGUUAAGCGAGCAUUUGUAGGCACCAUGGAUCCUCAAGAGAUCAAGCAAUUGUUCAACGCGGGAUCGUCAUCAUCAGAAGCAUCGGAAGAGGCGCAGGAGAUUAUGGAGUUGUAG